AUGGAAAGCGGACCCAAGUUGGAAGAGUGGGAGAACAACCAACGACCAACGACGUUUGGUUUCCUGGGUGCGCACAUCAUUGUCCACAUGGAGCAGGAUGACCUUGGUCUGGGUCCCGAUCAGAAGCCAGAAAGGCUGGAUCGUGAUGGCGGCAACCCGGUCGUUCGGCCAGUCGUGCUGACGACCAAACCUCGAGACUGA